AUGACCCUAAUACUGCUGUAUACAUUAGAAAGUUUCGACGAGACAGUCAAUAUCAAUAUAGAAACAUCUUAUCUCCGGUGGAAUAACACAUUCCCAGCUACUUCAAUAUGCUACACAAAAGGACGAAGUUUAAAGUCGAUUGGAAAAUUUUUGGAGGAUCAUUGGGCUAAUAGGAAUUUAACCAAACCAGUCAAAUUCUCAAGUUUCUUGCGUCUAGCUCAAAAUUAUCUCUUUGUGAGUCCCAGUAAUAGCAUAGACGACCGUGGAAUGAUUUGUAGCGGAAUGAACGAAACAUGUAAUCUCGAUUUAGAAACAAUGCAAAAACUGUUCUUUCCACAGUCGUGUUCGGAAAUCUUCGUGGACGUAAUAUUCCUUGGAAAAGUUUAUCGUUGUGAAGAUAUCUUCAAACUUUUUCAUACCGAAAUGGGGCCUUGCUAUGUAGCGAAUAGUAUUUACUCUUACAAAAUGGAUUAUGACAAAUUGCCUUUGAAGUAUACCAUCGAAAAUGCAAAAAGAGCAUUUGAAUUUCGGUACAAAGAAAUAGAAGCUAUAAAUUUUGUGCUCUUUAUACAUAGUCCUGAAGAACUCCCAUACUCUUUGAUGCCCCCCUUUAGACUUCGGAAGUAUGGAGCUUUCAUGCACUACAGUUUAAACACGAUUGAAGUCUACAACCAUCCAGAUGUUAAAGCCGAAACAAUUGGGCAAAGAGAGUGUCGUUUUCCAUAUGAAAACAUUACUGUAAACCUUCCAUACAGUUUCACAAAUUGUUUUCUUUAUAAAAGAAUCCAAAUGGAGCUUGCUCAAUGUAACUGCACAAUUCCUACUUCACCGAACGAGUUUAAACCCAAGUACUGUAACUUUACGGGUCUAGGAUGUAUUUCCAGAGCCAACAUACUGACAGGAGCUAAAGAAACCCUUUUUGAUGGUAACCAGCCUUGUAUACAAUCAUGCUUAGAAAUGGAAAUAAACGUGUUAGGGGAAAACACAUUCAAUACGGAGGAUCCAAAUGCCCCUGGUCACGUGCUAUUGGAGAUAAUGAACAUACCAACAAGCAGAUAUGAAAGAUCUGUUUCGCGUACCAAUCUAGAUUUCAUAGUUUCCCUAGGUGGCGUAGGAGGAUUAUUCUUCGGUGUAUCGUUGCUGAGCAUUGUAGAGAUUUUCUACUUUUGGCUGCGUCGAUGCCAGUAA